CCCCAUCGUAAACAAUGAAACAUUCCAACCUUAACAAGACGUGGAGCUUGGGAAAUUUUACAAAUAUGCCUCAAAUAUCACUCACAUCGAUGCAACUGUUCAUCAUUUUUCUAAUAUGCAUAUUGUUUGGUACAUCACUCAGCAAGAAAAAUCAAAAGAACUUGGAAAUAAUUGUCCAGCAUGAACCUGCUGUUUGUACAGGGAAGGCAGCAAAUGGGGACAAGGUGUUUGUACAUUAUACGGGUGUUCUGGAGGCCACUGGUGCUGUGUUUGACUCCUCUAAACAGCAGGGAAGGGAACCCAUUUCAUUCACAUUAGGAAAAAAUAUGGUAAUACAAGGUUGGGAACAAGGUAUUGUUGGAAUGUGUGUAGGGGAAAAAAGAAAAUUAAUCAUUGGUCCAGAGUUGGCGUACGGUAAACAGGGGCGGCCACCUAUGAUACCGGGUGAUUCCACUUUAGUGUUUGACACGGAGCUAAUCAACGUGGAAAAAAAGCCAAUGGGCGAAGGAUUCUUCAAUUUUAUGAAGGUCAUGUUCAUUCCAUUGACGGCAGGAUUCAUCGUUUAUCAUCUUUAUAGGAAAUACUCGCUCGCUCCAUCAAAAAAAGAAUUGAAAGAGGAGAAAAAGAAGGGGAAGAAGAAGCAUUGAGUUACCAUGGUUACCUCGGUAUAUCAAAAAUGAAUUUUAAGGGAGGUUAUAAUUUCAUCCACCCCAGUAAUUGAACAACUCAUUUCUUCAACUUUUGAAAAAUACAUUGAAGGAUUUUAAAAAAAUCUUAAAGCAUGAAGGUUUGCCCUUUGCUUAUUUUCUCUACAGUCUCAAAAAUGAGUCAAGAAUAAAAAAAGACUCAUCUUUAUGUAAUUCUUCAUGAAAUAUAUGAACAAGACUUACUCCACUUUACCUUACAUUCACAUGUCUUGAGAUACACGCUCUUAUUGUCACAUCAUUUGGCUUCAGAAAUAUCCGAAUGAAAUUAUUAUCACUGUGAGAUUCAUUUUCAUUUUCUACUCUCAACCAUUGUCUGUGAUUGUAUGAUGUUACAAACACUUUUAUUUGCCAACAUAUGAUUCUAAUGCAGUUCCAAGGCUAAACCUAAACGGCAGUUUUUUUCAAAAUGGCAGACUUUGAUUCAUCUUGUUUUUGAACCAAAAUCCAUUUUAACCUGUGCAAGUUAUGAGCCCAUCAGUUCAGGUCAGCUCUCAAUGUAUUUAUAAAACCAUUAUAGUAACUAUAGGUGAAGUUCCAUUGUUUUGUGUACUGUUCUGUCAAUUUUGACGAAUUUCACAAUAAAAUUUUAUGAAGAUUA